GUGGCGCUGGCGGCGGCUGGAGCCGGCUCGGGUCCUGCUCGGCCUGUCGAGCCUCCCACCCGCUUCCAUAAGGCUUUUGCUUUCCAACUUCAGCUACAGUGUUAGCUAAGUUUGGAAAGGAGACCAAAGGAAGACCCCGGGCGGUUGCGCCUUUCCAAGUGCUGUCCCCCCUUCGCUUGGCUGCGGUAGUCGCGGAGGUCUUUUUUCACCUAAGAGGCUGCUGUGUUUUUAGCGGUGCUAUCUCCAGUUCCUUGCACUCCUCCUCCACCCACACCUCGCCAGGAAGCAGCCGGGGACCAGCCGCGGGACCGCGAGCCGGGGGAGAACGCCUGCCUGGAGUCAUGGCCCGGGCGAGAGCUCAGACCCCGCGGGAGGGACGCUGCGGAUUCUUAACCAACUACCUGACUUCUGCAAAAUUCCUUCUCUACCUUGGUCAUUCGCUCUCCACUUGGGGAGAUCGGAUGUGGCACUUCGCAGUUUCUGUGUUUCUGGUGGAGCUCUAUGGGAACAGCCUCCUCCUGACUGCAGUCUAUGGGCUGGUGGUGGCAGGGUCUGUUCUGGUCCUGGGAGCCAUCAUUGGUGACUGGGUGGAUAAGAAUGCUAGACUGAAAGUGGCUCAGACUUCACUGAUAGUCCAGAAUGUUUCUGUUACCCUGUGUGGAGUCAUCCUGAUGAUGGUUUUCUUACAUAAAAAUGAGCUUCUGACCAUGUACCAUGGAUGGGUCCUUACUUCUUGCUAUAUCCUGAUUAUCACUAUUGGGAACAUUGCAAACUUGGCCAGUACUGCUACUGUAAUCACUAUCCAAAGGGACUGGAUUGUUGUUGUUGCAGGAGAAGACAGAAGGAGAUUAGCAGACAUGAAUGCUACCAUUCGAAGGAUUGACCAGCUGACCAACGUCUUGGCCCCCAUAGCUGUUGGCCAGAUUAUGACUUUUGGAUCUCCAGUCAUCGGCUGUGGUUUUAUUUCGGGAUGGAAUUUGGUGUCCAUGUGUGUGGAAUACUUCCUACUCUGGAAGGUUUACCAGAAAACUCCUGCACUAGCUGUGAAAGCUGUUCUUAAAGUAGAGGAAGCUGAACUGAAACAGCUGAAUUUGCACAAAGAUACUGAGCCAAAACCCCUGGAAGGAACUCAUCUAAUGGGUGAGAAAGACCCGAAUAUCCAUGAGCUUGAACGUGAACAACAGUCCACAUGCAUCUCCCAGAUAGCUGAGCCCUUCCGUACCUUCCGGGAUGGAUGGGUCUCCUAUUACAACCAGCCGGUGUUUCUGGCUGGCAUGGGUCUUUCUUUCCUGUACAUGACUGUCCUGGGCUUUGACUGCAUCACCACUGGGUAUGCCUACACUCAGGGCCUGAGCGGUUCCAUCCUCAGUGUUCUGAUGGGAGCCUCAGCUAUAACUGGAAUCAUGGGGACUGUGGCAUUUACUUGGCUGCGUCAAAAGUGUGGCCUGGUUCGGACUGGUAUGAUUUCAGGAUGGGUACAGCUUUCCUGUCUGAUCUUGUGUGUGAUCUCCGUGUUCAUGCCUGGAAGCCCCUUGGACUUGUCUGUUUCUCCUUUUGAAGAUUUCCAUACUAGGUUCAUGCAAGAAGAGCCAAUGUCCACAACGACCAAAAUACCUGAAAUCAUCUUUCCAACUGAAACACUCAUGUCAAACGGGUCUAAUCCUGCUAACACUGUCCACGAGAUGAGCACUAGAUCGGUGCCCCUCAUCUCCAUCAGUCUGCUGUUUGCAGGCGUCAUUGCUGCUAGAAUUGGUCUCUGGUCUUUUGAUUUAACUGUGACACAGUUGCUACAAGAAAACGUAAUUGAAUCUGAAAGAGGCAUUAUAAAUGGUGUACAGAACUCCAUGAAUUAUCUUCUUGAUCUUCUGCAUUUCAUCAUGGUCAUCCUGGCUCCAAAUCCUGAAGCUUUUGGCUUGCUCGUAUUGAUUUCAGUCUCCUUUGUGGCAAUGGGCCACAUUAUGUAUUUCCGAUUUGCCCAGAAAACUCUGGGCAAUCAGCUUUUUGUGUGUGGUUCUGAUGAAAAAGAAGUUACGGAUGAAAAUCAAACUAAUACAUCUGUUGUGUAAGGCAGUUUAACUGUUGCUAUUCCUGUUACUAGAUUGUAUAAAGUACAUGUGCUUAUAUUGUACUUCAAAAUUCCAAUAAAUGCCUGGGUGUUUCUCUGUUUUUACCACAGCCAUGCCUUAAGGGCUAAGAGCUAUUUAGGAAACCUAAGUCAGAAGUGAGCUGGUUAUUUUCCCUUACAUUUGAGCAUUGGAAAAAAGUUUAAGAAUGGGGAAACUGUAAUGAUAAAACUGAAUUCCCUAUUCUUAGGAGUAGAUACAAUUUUGCAUAAGAGAGCAGCUAAUGUUGUGAAUUGUUAUUAUCUGCACAAAAAUGCAGAUAAAUCAACCUGCCUUAAAACUCACUGUCACUCAUGGGAUUUACAUUUUUAUAUCUUAAUUCUCAGUUACAUUAUAAAAACAAGAAAGCUCUCUGCACAUGAAGAUUACAAUGUUAACCAGUAUUCUCCUUACAGAUCCUGUUGAUCUUAAGGGAUUUGCUCUAUGUGGGGAAACAAAACACAUAACAAGAAUUUCCUAACAAGGUUUAUGGCUUAACAUUAGUGACCAUCUUUGCAUUUUUACUAUCAGAUCAGGAAAAUACUGUAUUAAGCAUAUAUAGCUCUUUGUAGAAUGGUUGUGAUGUAAGCUGCAGAUAGAAACAAAGCUGGAGAGUAGAUUUCUAAUGCAGUGAGUACCUAAGGACUUAAGUCAGUAGUUUGCACAUAGAAUCUAGAGGCUAAAAGCUUUUCCACUAUCACUAAUGGUAUGUAUAUCACAAUAAGAGAGAGUAAUCCUUCACCCUGGCAAGUGACAUGGAGAAAAGUAGCCCCCAGUAGGGAAGUAUUGGAAAGGUUUUGUUUUAAAAAUCAUUUGAUUUCCUUUGAACAAACUUGGAUGAAACACUUUUACUUUAACUGUUUUAUGCCUAUGAGUUCUAUACAUUGUUCUAGAGCAAGAAUAUUCAUUAAAAAAGUUUCCUUUUCAAAAGUUUCCUUUUGAAAAGAAUAAAAGAAAAAUAUGUUUGUAUAUAUUUUCCAAAACUGGUUUACAAGUCAUUUCGCCACAUGCCAGUACCAACAUGGUACUUUGCCUUAACCUUGUAUGCACUUUCAUGGAGACUGCAAUACGUUGCUAUGAGCACUUUCUUUUCUUCCUUGAGGUUCAGUGUUUCUUCAUCUUCCUACAUUAAGACAUAAUGAUUUUCUAUGUUGUAAAAUCUUUGUAAAAUAUUUCUAUAUAAAAAUAUUUUUAAAAGCUUA